CGCGGGCCUUGGCCACGGGGGCGCGCUGGAGUCGGUUGGAGUCCGGGCAUGGCCCGGAGCCACCUGGCUCCAUUGCUGACCCCUCUAAUGUUUCUAGGUCUGGUGUCCCCUACUCAGAUCAACCCAGACUACCAGUACUUUGGGCAGCAGGGUGAAGGUGACACCUGGGAGCUACUGAGGCUGCAGCGACAAAAGGUAGUGGAAGACUCAGUCCUAGGCCCGUGGGGAAAGUGGCGUUGUUUCUGCAGUCUGGGCAAACAGGAACGCAGCCGUCAGGUGUUGGGCCCAGCACCAGUCCCUGUGUUCAUGGACCGAGAGGACCUGGUACAGUUGAGGCCGUGCCGGCAGCAGGACUGCUCAGCUUGCAACCCGAUGGACUGCAACUGGAGGCCCUGAGCAGAGUCACUGAGGGCCAGGCUCCAGCAGCAACGGGGCGGAGCUUACAAAGUGACCCUGCCCACCCUCGAUUACAAACCACACCCUUAGUGAUAGUCCUGGAAGACUACAAUUCCCAGGAGAGAGCACGACAGCGGCGACAGCAGCGCGUGCGUAAGCGUCCACGCCAGAGAGCGCGUAGGGGGCGAGUCCUGCGAGCCGAUUGGUCAGCAUCAAGAGCCGCUGCUGUAUUCGCGGAAAACGCGCGCUGGCAUCUGCGCCUGCAGUACUGUUUUCUACGGUUGUUGGCUGUUGCAGAGGCGGCAUGGAUCUCAGCGAACUGGAGAGGGACAAUACAGGCCGUUGUCGCCUGAGUUCUCCUGUACCUGCCGUGUGCCUCAAGGAGCCGUGCGUCCUGGGCGUGGAUGAAGCGGGCCGGGGUCCUGUGCUUGGUCCCAUGGUCUACGCCAUCUGUUACUGCCCCCUGUCCCGCCUGGCAGAUCUGGAGGCCCUGAAAGUAGCAGACUCAAAGACCUUGACAGAGAAUGAGCGGGAGAGGCUCUUUGCGAAAAUGGAAGAGGACGGAGACUUUGUGGGUUGGGCUUUGGACAUCCUGUCUCCAAACCUGAUCUCUACCAGCAUGCUUGGGCGGGUCAAAUACAACCUCAACUCUAUGUCUCACGACACAGCCGCGGGGCUGAUACAGCAUGCGAUGGAUCAGAAUGUGAAAGUCACCCAGGUGUUUGUGGACACUGUAGGAAUGCCAGAGACAUACCAGGCUCGACUACAGCAGCGGUUUCCAGGGAUCGAGGUGACAGUCAAGGCCAAAGCUGACUCCCUGUUCCCUGUGGUCAGUGCUGCCAGCAUCAUUGCCAAGGUGGCCCGAGACCAGGCUGUGAAGAACUGGCAGUUUGUGGAGAGUUUACAGGGUCUGGACUCAGAUUAUGGCUCAGGCUAUCCCAAUGAUCCCAAGACCAAAGCCUGGCUGAGGAAACAUGUGGACCCUGUGUUUGGCUUCCCCCAGUUUGUACGGUUCAGUUGGAGCACAGCCCAGGCCAUCCUGGAAAAGGAGGCAGAAAGUGUCACCUGGGAAGACUCAGCAGCUGAGGAGGAUCCUGAGGGACCCGGAAGAAUCACCUCCUACUUCAGCCAGGGCCCGCAGGCCUGCCGCCCUCAGGUCUCCCACAAAUACUUCCAGGAGCGAGGCCUGGAGACAGCCACCAGCCUCUAGGAGCCAAUGUGUGUACCUCCCCUUCUAACUCACAAUAAAAGCUGUUCAAGAA